AUGAAAAGGGCAACGACCGCCAGCCAAAGGCUCGCCCUCGAGCUAUCAAGGGCAUAUUCGGAUUCAGCGGCCGCCCUUCCUCGACGGACUUGGGCGCGCCCGGUUACUCAAACGCAAAGCAAUGCACCCGAUCCAGCUCCCCUGAAUUCAAACCAGCGACAAGGAUUGAAACUUCCAUGGGAUACGCUACCUAGGCCCGAGCCUGAAAGGAGGCCCGGAAGACCAGGCCAAUUCGAGAGGAUGCGGCAGGGACAGGGACAGGGUCGAGGGAGAAGAGAUGCGCAGGGCCAAGAGCAGGGGAGGUAUCAGCAGAACAGGCAAGCAGGACAGCUGGAACAACGAGAGAGGAACCAACGAGAACAACAAUCCCAAACCCCAGCAUGGCCUGGGCUUCCUGACCUAAGCUCUCGGGAGCAAGCUAGAGAACGGGGUCCUCCGCGUCCCAAUCAAGGCGGUCGAUCUCAGUUCCAACCGCCCUCGACAGUUUACCCUCGCACUUCUUCGCCUUCUCGUACCUCUACGCCUCGUACCGAACGAGAUACCAAGAUCCCAGCAAGGUCUUGGGCUGUCUCCAUCCCAACCCCCGGGCUUGAAGAAACAAGAGAGUCCGUAGGAAGAAGAAGAGAGAAGGAAAGGAGGGGAUGGGUUACGAAAGAGGAUAUGGAGGCUAUGGAGGCCGAGGCUGAGGCAGCGAGACGAAAAAAGGCUCAACAAAAAGUCAAGUUGAUUGAGGUAGAAGAUAGGUCCAAAGACGUAUAUGUCCCGACUGCAAUCUCGGUAUCUAACUUGGCACGGUUAUUAAACGUGCGAAUAGGCCGUUUGCAAGACAAGAUAUAUGCUGUUGGAAUGGGGGACACGACUUAUGACCAUAUCCUCACAUCCGACGAUGCCUCGCUUCUCGCCUUAGAAUUCGGAUACAACCCAGUUGUAGAUGAAGAUGCCGCAUUUGAUGUCUAUCCGGAGCAUCCUCACCCCGAUCCGAGUACUCUUCCCCUCCGACCACCCAUUGUCACCAUUAUGGGACAUGUCGACCACGGCAAAACUACACUCUUAGAUACCCUCCGCUCUGCAUCCGUCGCAGCAGGUGAAGCAGGAGGUAUCACUCAACAUAUUGGCGCUUUCUCUGUUCCUCUCAAGAAUCCCUCCCAAUCUUCUAAUGCCCCCAAAACCGUUACCUUCCUCGACACACCAGGGCAUGCAGCCUUUUCUGCUAUGCGAGCCAGAGGAGCCGGAGUCACCGACAUUGUUGUCUUGGUUGUUGCUGCUGAUGAUGGAGUCAUGCCCCAAACUCGGGAGGUCAUUGAACUCACGAAAGGGGGGGAAGGAGGCGUGCAACUUGUGGUGGCAAUUAAUAAGUGUGACAAACCGGGUGUCGAUACGGAUAAAGUCAAACGGGCCCUGCUUGCGGAAGGAGUUCAGCUUGAAGAAUUCGGUGGAGAUAUUCCGUCUGUGGAAGUUUCGGGUCUAACCGGUCAAGGCCUCGACACACUUGUCGAGACAUUGUCAACGCUGGCUGAAAUGGCUGAGUUGCGUGCCGAAGUUGACUUGAGGGCACAUGGGAGGGUGCUGGAGUCCAGAAUCGAUAAGGGCAGGGGGCCGGUGGCGACAGUGCUCAUCCAACGCGGCACACUCAAGCCUGGCGCUUCGCUCGUGGCAGGAACAGCCUGGGCUCGCGUGCGUCAAAUGACAGAUGACAAAAAUCGACCAGUCAAGCUUGCCAAACCCGGAGAUGCGGUGACUGUUGCGGGGUGGAAGGACGUCCCCGCAGCGGGGGAUGAAGUACUUCAGGCCGAAAAAGAGGACGAUGCAAAGAAGGCUGUAGUAAACCGAAAAAGGGUUAUGGAGACGAGGGCAUUAGCUGAGGAUGUGGAGAAGAUCAACGAGAAGAGGAGAAUGGAUAAGGUACUGGAAGAGCAAGAGAGGGAAGCUGAGGCUGCAGCCAAUGGUGAUUCGGUUCCGGAUGCGACUUCAGAAGUGGUGCAAUCAAAUGAAACGGAGGUCAAAGAGCUCAAACUUGUCAUCAAGGGAGAUGUGAGCGGAAGCGUCGAGGCUGUGGCUGGCGCCCUCUGUGGGAUCGGAAACAAGAUCGCUCGGGUAAAGAUUGUAUCCCAAACUGUAGGGGAUGUUAGUGAGUCCGACAUUGCGCGUGCAAAGGCUAUCGAAGGCACGGUUGUAGCUUUCAAUGUCUCUGCCCCAUCCAAAAUUCAACAGCUUGCAUCCCAGCAAGGGGUCCCGCUACUUAACGAAAAUAUAAUCUAUAAACUUAUGGACGAGAUAAAAAAGCGAGUCGUUGCACUCUUGCCAGUGACGUAUGAGCAACGCGUCUUGGGCGAAGCAACUGUUCAAGAAAUCUUCACGAUUGCGCUCAAGGGCAAGGCGACAAUGAAUAUUGCAGGAUGUCGCAUUACGAAUGGGGUUAUUGCGAAACACGCCAAAGUCCGCGUGGUGAGGGACGGUGCUGAGGUGUAUGAUGGUGCCAUUGACACAUUGAAGCAGCAAAAGAAGGAUAUGACAGAAAUGCGCAAGGGCAAUGAAUGUGGGAUGUCGUUCGCCAAUUUCGAAGAUCUCAAAGCAGGGGAUCACAUUCAAACUUACGAGACAAUCGAGAAGCCUGGUGUGCUUUAG